CCACCUAUCUCAGAGGGGGAAAGAGUGUGGCACGACUUCGGAUUCCUGGAUUGUUCUGGAUCUUUGCCCGCCUUGAUCUGGCUUGAUUGCUUGCCUUCAGAAUCGGUUCGUUAGACUUGGCUGGGUGUUUCUCCAUUCCCGCCUCCGGUUCGGUUAGCGUUUGCGGUUCUUUUUUCGUGGUCUAGUGGAAGGAGCGCGACGCUGUCAGGAUGGCCGAAGGACAAGACAUGCCCACCUUCAAGUUGGUGCUGGUAGGAGACGGUGGGACCGGUAAGACCACCUUUGUCAAGCGCCAUCUGACGGGAGAAUUCGAGAAGAAGUAUGUGGCCACGUUGGGCGUUGAGGUGCAUCCCUUGGUGUUCCACACCAACCGCGGAGCCAUCCGAUUCAAUGUGUGGGACACGGCCGGACAGGAAAAGUUUGGCGGUCUCCGCGACGGAUACUACAUUCAAGGCCAAUGCGCCAUCAUCAUGUUUGACGUGACCUCGCGGGUCACUUACAAGAAUGUGCCCAAUUGGCAUCGAGACUUGGUACGCGUCUGCGAAAACAUCCCCAUCGUCUUGACAGGUAACAAAGUCGACAUCAAAGAUCGGAAAGUCAAGGCCAAGUCCAUUGUCUUCCAUCGGAAGAAGAACCUCCAAUACUACGAUAUCUCGGCCAAGUCCAACUACAACUUCGAGAAGCCCUUUCUGUGGUUGGCGCGCAAACUGAUCGGGGAUCCCAAUUUGGAGUUCGUGGCCAUGCCGGCCCUUGUCCCCCCAGAGGUGCAAAUGGAUCCUCAAUGGCAACAAAAGGUCGAGCAAGAGUACAAGGAGGCCCAAGAGACGGCCCUGCCCGAGGACGACGAAGAUUUGUAAGGAAUGGAAUAAGGAUGGCCGUGAUUGAGUCAACCGGUGGGCGUGAGACUCGCUAAGGCGCCUCUCAUAUCAUUACGGCACUUAUCUCUAAAGUCCAUCACAACUCUGAUCCUCCUGCGAGACAUAACCGCCCAUUUUCCCCCUUUAACCCACACCCCGGCCUAGCCGAUGGCGUGCCAUUUGAAAAUAACCGGUACGAAACCAAUAUUCUUCUUUUGUUUCAACCAAUACACGGUAUACCAUAUUCA